CACUCUGUUGAAUUCCAGCAUUUUAAUUUUCUUUCCUCCAUGUUAUUUCUGUCUUUUUCAUCUUCCUCUGACUUAUUCUACUGACUCACUAUCAAUGACAUUUGAAGAUAUCACUUUUAAAGUAUCUGUCAAACUGCCUUUGGACUCUCUGGCUUUCAGUCACUAGCCCUUUCUUCUGCUUCCUCAUUUUCUGGCAAAGGCACAUUUCAGAACAAUGUAAAGGUGUGAUCUGUACGCUUGAAAUGAAGAAGUCUGAACUUGCACAGGAAUUGUUUUCGAGCUCAGCAGUUCCCUCAGCCAACAGCUGCAACACAAUACAGACAUCCUACAAGCCACCUGCCAGCUAUUGAAAACUCUUGAAAAACAACACAAGCAAUUAGUUUCAAGGCAAGAGAUUAUCACUCUUGUGGAUUGCCUUCAGAAAAUGAAUGAACUCUUUCUGGAUACAGUUACCCAAAUUCAAGAGGCAAACAACAAACUGUAUGAUAUUAGAUGCAGACAUGAUGCUAAAACUAAAUCCCAAAUUGUUCCAGAUGUUUCAAUUGAAAUAGAUGUGUGUGAAAUAGAAAAGGCACAUUCUGGGCAAGUAUCUGCUGGUGUAAGUCAGCCACCCCAGGUAACUUCUCCCAUGAUUGGAAGGGAAAGUCUGAAUAUUGACCAAGUUCAAUCAAGUGAAAACAAAACAGUGGAAAAAGAAACCACUAAAUCAUUAAGGGAAAAAAAUUCUGAUCAAGAACAAGCAGUAAGCAGAGAUCCUGUAAAACAAAUGGGAAAUGAAGAUCACAAGCUGCUACAGAAUUCACUUGCAGAGCAAAAAGAUUACAACAGAAUGGAGGAAAGUCAUGGAACAAGGUAUUAUAAUAAUAAAGGCCCAGAUAAAGCUUUGCAAGAAGUUCCCAGGAGCAAUGGAAAUGAUAUUCCUGUAUCUGGAAGACCUGAAAAUAUUGGUGACAGCUCCAUAACCAAUCUUUCUGAACAAGAGCAGGCAUUAAAUGAAGAACCCCCAACCCAGAUGGAAUAUGAAGAUCACAAACCAAUAGAGAAUUCAUGUGAAGAAAAGAAAGAAGAGAAUAUAAAGGAUGAAAUUAAUGAGAUUCCUGGGAGCAACACAAACAAUACAACUGCAUUUGCAAGGUUGGAAAAUGUAUGUAAUGCACCUGCGAUGAACCUUUCAACAAAUGGUUCAGAAGAAGUGGAAAGAUCAAGUCCCUGGAUGAACAAAGAAUAUCUCACAGAAGCGAGUGGUAAGAUAGAACCUGAAGUUGCCUGUUAUAUAACUGCACCUUCCAUCAUUCUAGAAAAUUUAGUAUGCAGGGUCAUCAAUGACAUGAGUUCUUUGGUGGUAGAAGAUUCUGAGGAGCUGGUCAGCAAUGUAAUCAGCAUUGAGUACUUAGACCAUGACAAAGAUAUCCCUUUUCCUAUCAGUAUUGCAAUACCAUUCACUGCACGCUACAGAGGAAAUUAUCGAGACAUCACGGUGAAGAUGACCAAUAUGAACUUUCAGUCAAGUUACUUAACUCCCAUUUCUUUUGAUGGGUACCAGGGAAACCAGAAGGUGACCUUUGCAGAGGUGAAAAUUUGUCAGCUUGGUAUUUUUUCUGUGGUGUCAUGCUUAAAAAAAGAAACAUUCAUCAUUCCAAAGAAAGGGCUCUCACAAAAACUAAGCAUGGAUUCUAGAAUCUCUUUCUACUACCAUCCAGAAACAUUCAGUUCUCCAGUGAUCAUGCAGUCAAAGGUCCAGCCAAUUGAGCCAUCACUGGUUUCCUUUUUAAAGGCAAAAUAUGACAUGUACCAUUCAGUAGUUUCUACGAGUCCACUGGUUCAUAUCCAGCAUCUUUCAUCCGAGCCAUUUAACAAGGAAGUCAGUGUUAUUCUACCCUGUCCCCCAAAUUCAGAAAAAAGGAAACCGGGAGAUUCAAGAGAACAUGGAAGAACAUCUAGUGCCACUGUCACCAGUGUUGCAACUGCAUAUCAGCUUCGAUCAAUGAGUGUGUCGAUGAGAAAACAUGGAGAGAAUCUCAGUGAAUCCUUGAAAUUAUUGGGUUACAGAAACAAAGAAGAGGAAUGGAUUGUGCAUAAUGAGGUUAUUGUGCGGAAUGUACGGAAUGGACUUGUAUCAUUUGAAGUAGAUGAGUGUUUAGAAAGCUUUAUUGUCAUUCGCCUUUCGUUUGCCAUGGACGAUACACAUUUAGUUCUAUUUAUUCAGGCUCUGGAGGAAGCCAUUCGCAGCACACUGGCUAAUGUUGUGCUAUAUCGGAAAAAAGAAAACCCUCAUAAAAUAGUUGUUUUACUAGUUCCAUCCAAAGAACUGAACCGGGAGUUGCAAAGCCUGCAUGAGGAGGGGUACUUUGGUCCUCCAGAACCAACUCAACAGUUUCAACUAAGAGAAGGAGAGCAGAUUCAUUUUAGAUUUAGUGGCAACAUAUUUGCUUCAGAUGAUGGGAAGAAUUUUGGAAAAGCCUACAGGCUUAUUUUUCAUUCACAAAGAAAGCCCAGACUGGAGCUCCAACUUAAAGAAGUGGAUGAAUUUGGUAACUACAGCUCACCUCAUUACAAGGGAACUGCAGUCUUUUACAAAAUGACCAAAGAAACAAUAGCCAAGAACUGGAAUCAACCCCUUCAGCCUGAUGACUAUCAGCACAUGUCACCUUUAUGCAAGUUAGCUCUAACCUUACCAAAACAUGAAAAAUUGAUCAACAGGCCACAAAGCACAAAAAGAAUUUCUACUGAUUCAUCAGAUGCUUUGUGGGAUCACUUGAUGUACUGGCUUGCGGAGGAGCUCUCAGAAGAUAAUGCAUCAUUGCUCUCUCUGCACCUGCCUAUCCGUCGGAGCACACUUCAGCUUGUUAGAUUGAAGUGCCCUGAUAAUCCAACACAUCAGAUCUAUGAACUUCUUUGCUUCUGGAAAAAGAAUCUUCCAAGAGCAGCUGAUAAACAGCGACUCCUAUCUCGUUUUCUGCAUAAGAGUGGUAGAAGCGAUCUUUCAGAAGAGCUCAGGUUCAAGUGGGAAAAUAAAGUGUACACUUGGCAAAAACACUGGUUUGAGACGGACAGUUGAGAGACUGAUUUCCAUUUGUUUCUGCCUUAGGAAAUGACUGCAUAAGGAGGCAGAAUUUCUAUGUGACAUUUGCUUUAACUUGAUAAAUAUUUAAAAAAAUUAAAAUGAAGUGGCUGAUGUAGGAAGAGACCAGUCUGGCAGCUGGGUGCUCUUUAACUGUUCAGGAAUUUUUCAUCCUCUUUAUGAUAACACUCAGUAUUUUAUUUAUAGUCUUCCCCUUGCCUAAUAAUUAACUAGUGUUCCUGAUUGAAAUCAAAGGAAUUGAUGAAAAUACAAAUAAUUACAUUUGGAUUUUGGGUAUACAUGUAGGGCUCCACUGACUGCAGAAUGGUCUGAUGUUUACCGAUAUCUCCCCAUAUUUUAGGAGCACAAGAUUUGCCAUAUUUAAUCAGUCUAAUAGGUGACCUUGUCCGGUAUCCUAGUUCUAAUGUUGGUCAGUACCACAUUCCUAAUAGGCAGUAACAUAUAUAGAAAUAGUCUUUAAAAUCCAGUAAGUUUGUGCAGACAUGUUAUUCAAGUUAUUUUCCUGCUUGAUUAAAAAAAAAAAAAAAAAACUUUCUUCAAAUUCAAAAUUAAUUUUAAAUAUCUUAAAUUAACAGAAAUUCUAAACAGUGGACUAGUCUUUUUUUUUACUGUACAACUUUGUUUUUUAUAUUCAGUUAUUAGUGCUCAUGUUAUUAGAAUAUCCUGAAGUAACUAUCACCAGUAAGCAAACUAUAAUUUUACAAUAGGAGAAAGGCAAAUAGUCUGAAUCUAAUUUAUCUGCUGAUGACAGAUUCAGCCUAAAAAGCUAGAUUUCUUUUAAGCAAUGAAGAAAAAACACAGGAAUUAAAUCAAACCAUUCAGUGAGAUACAAGUUACAAAAUGAAUGAAUAUUUUAUUUCUUUUUCUCCAUAAAAAGAAAAAACCCUCACUAAGACCAGAUUACAUUUAAGUGGGGCCAUUCAUUGUCAGUAGCAGCUGAAUCUAGCUUUAUAGUAUUUGUCACUCACUCUGCUAACAUGUUAGACAUCAGUUGAAAGCAAUUAUUUUUGAGUACUCUCUCUUUGUAGCUACUUAUUCUGCAACAACUCUAGAUCCAGAUAUCAAAAUAUAUACAUGAACCUAGCAUAAUGGGGUGGCCCAUUACGAGGGCUCCUAGUUUGAGUAAUACAAAUCAAUCAUAAUCAUGAAACUAUUGAGAGAGUGCUUCAACUUUACUUCCAAAUUAUAAGCAUUGUGUGCUGCUACCUACAUUCUACCACAGGAUGGCCUCUGUGUCUAGCAUAAAGUUUAUUAAAUUAGUUAUAGAAAUGUAGCCGUGUUAGUCUGGUGUAGCUGAAACAAAAAACAGGACUAUGUAGCA